UGUUAGUUCAAUUUGAUUUUGUAAAUAAAAAUUAAUAACCUAAGCGAAAAAGAAUAUAAUUAAUAACCCUACAUAUUAUUCUAUUGUGAAAAAUAACCUGCAUACUUUUAAGAAAUCAAAAAAUUAAUUAAAAUAAGAUGGACCUAUGGAAUUCGCGAACAGUGGAGCAGCCACCCAUAAACACUGCUAUCUGUGACCAUGAAAUAGAUGUAAAGGAGUUGAAGCAUUCCCUAAAUAGCAUGGUAACUAUACUUUCUAAACAAGCGCCUCUACAUAAGGAAAGUGCGUUACUAUCACGAUUUUUGUAUAAAUUUGAUAAGAAAUUCAGAAAUGAUAUUGGAUACAGAAAGUUCAAAAAGGUAAAUUCUGCGUUAAGAAGAUACUUGACUGUAGAUUUGUUAAAGGAUAUCAAAAUUUUCAAAACACUGCUGCCCGUAGAUUAUAACAUUGAGUGUUAUCUUCCAACUCGGCAGAUGUUAGAAUAUGUUCUAGUGAGAAUCAUAACAUUCGCUAAAAUAAUGCUCAGAAUUGCUGUAUGUUCGAAACAAUCUGCUAUCUUCUAUUUGAAUAGAAUCAAAAGAGGGGAAAGUCACUGGAUGUCUCUUAUGCCCUAUGCUUUGCUGAGUCGGAUUUGGUCCAUGAGCUUAGUUCUACUGCAGCACUCCUGUAAUUGGUAUAACAGACUAUAUGGCUUCAGGAAAUAUUUGUCCCACAAGGGUGUAGCAUUCCUGUCUGAGGAUUGUGAAUUACCCCCUGACUUAGGAAAAUGGUUAAACAUGAAAGAGAUGAAUGAUGAAGGAAGAUUUAAUUGGGCCCAGAAAUCAUCUUUAGAAUUAGAUGCUCUGCUAGUUGAAAACGAGGAAGGUGACUUGUGCGAAAACAUUUUAAUGUAUGUUGAUAAAGUAAACUCUCCCGAAAGUGAUGAUGAAUGUGAUAACAAAGUACCAACUCUGAAGGAAGUGAAAAUAGACUCGGAGAGCUUGAGUCUCAAUGAUGAUUUAGGAGUUGCAAUAUCAAGGGACAGUUUCAAACUUCUCAAUAAUGUGCCUUCAACUGUUACUAAACAAAAAGAGAGCCCACAUUCAAUAGAAAAUGUUACAAAUUUAAGUACUUUGCAAGAUUUCAUACAGCAAGAAGACAAGUACAGAAAUGAAUCACACUAUUUGUCACUCACUAAACACCUAAGUUUUAUGCAAUGGCAGUCUUUAAAAACAGCAAUGGAAAACUUUGAGAAUAAAAUCAUGAACAAAAACAAACUGCAAAAGAAACUGGUAAAGUUAUGGAAGCAAAAAUGUUUGGACUAUUUAUGAAUAAUAAACUGAUAGUAAAUUGUUAUUUU